AUGCGCAGCAGCGCUUGUGCGCACAGCAAACCGCCGCGCGCACUACAGCCGCACUCCAGCAGCCGCGCGCACAACCGCACAUGCGCAGCAGCGCUUGCGCGCACAGCACACUGCCGCGCGCACUACAGCCGCCAUGCGCGCAUCCGCAUACAGCUGCGCACGCGCGCAGCCGCACGCGCGCAGCUGCACGCGCAGCAGCAGCCGCACGAGUUGCACAUGCGCACACCAACCCUCUCUCUCUCUGCCGCUGCUGCAGAUUCUGCCUUGAUCAAGAAACUGAAUAAUAAUAAUAAUAAUAAUAAUAAUAAUAAUAAUAAUGAUAAUAAUGAUAAUAAUGAUAAUAAUAAUAAUAAUAAUAAUAAUAAUAAUAAUAAUAAUAAUAAUAAUAAUAAUAAACAGACUACAAAAAGCCCUGCUAGCAGUUACCCUGAUAUGUGGGCCCUAACUGAUUGA